AUGACUGAUGUAGUGGCGUUGGAUCCACAUGCAGAGAUGGGAAUGUUGCCUAUAGAAGAGGAGCUGGUAGAACCGGCUUGCAAGAGCGCUCAAGGGAGUCCAGAUGUGAUUGUCACACAUGAGAGAACUAGGACCGUCGAGGAAGAAGACCGGAUGUACAACUACACACUUGAGGAAUGGCUUGCAACACUAAAGACCCCAGAGUUCCAAAGGUCGAAGAGGAAACUUUUUGCGGCCUCAUCAGUAUAUGUUUUGUCGAAGGCUGUGUCGACAAAGCUCGACCCAGUGGUUCGUCGUGUGGUUGAGUUCGUCUUUAGUACCCCUGAUAAUGCAGGCUAUGUGGUGGAGACUCCUUCCCUUAAACUCGCCCGUCUCCACCUGUUGACAUUAAAGCACGCAAUUGGGUCAAUACCAAAGUGA